AUGCUUCCUUGCAAGAUUUGGACUAACCGCCUACCGGCGGAAGGGCAGUUGCUGCAUUGGCUGCUGCUUCUUCUUCCACUUCUGAGCGCCACUGGGGCAUUCAUAAGUAGAUUAUUUUACAAGCCCCAGCAGCGUAUCCCCGAGAUCAUCCCGACUAAGUAUAUCUUGGAUGAUGCAUCCGGGUUCGGUCGGGUGUUCGAUGGGAUCGGCGCGAUAAGCAGUGGUGGGGCAGCCUCCCGACUUCUAGUCAAUUACCCUGAGCGUCAGCGUUCUGAAAUAUUGGAUUAUUUAUUUAAGCCAAACUUUGGUGCUUCUUUGCAAAUUCUGAAAGUGGAAGUAGGUGGUGAUGGACUAACAGCAGAUGGCACUGAGCCCUCUCAUAUGCACUAUAGUGACGAGGAGAACUAUUUCCGGGGCUAUGAAUGGUGGUUAAUGAAGGAAGCUAAGAAGAGGAAUCCCAAUAUUAAACUUGUUGGGUUGCCAUGGUCAUUUCCUGGUUGGCUAGGUCCAGGUAAAAGCAAUCCCUUUGAAAAUGUGACAAUGACUGCUUUAUAUGUUGUGUCUUGGAUAUUGGGUGCUAAAAAACACCAUAAAUUGGACAUCGAUUAUAUUGGGAUUUGGAAUGAAAGAGGACCUGAAAAUAAGUAUAUAAAGACCCUAAGAACAAUGCUUAAUCAAAAAGGCCUGGAAAGAGUGAAAAUCAUAGCCAAUGAUCAAUUUUGGCAGCCCCUUUCUGCUUUCAUGCAAUUCGAUCGUGUACUCCUGGACGCCAUCGAUGUUAUUGGGGUUCAUUAUCCUGGAGCACGUACUGAAAAUGAUUCUUUGAAGACUAACAAAAAACUCUGGUCUUCUGAAGAUUGCAGCAUUUUUAAUAAUGAUGAAGGUUCAGGCUGUUGGCCCCGCAUCUUGAAUCAGAAUUAUGUGAAAGGUCAAAUGACUGCCACAAUUGCUUGGAACUUAGUGGCUAGCUAUUAUCCUCGAAUACCUUCUGAGAGAGACGGGAUGCUGACUGCUAAGGAGCCUUGGAGUGGGCAUUAUGUUGUAGAGACUCCUAUUUGGAUUUCAGCUCAUACCACUCAGUUUGCUCAACCAGGGUGGAAAUACCUGAAAACAGUUGGCCUUUUAAAAGAAGGUGGAAGCUAUGUAGCUCUUACAGAUGGCUUAGGUAACCUCACUAUUAUCGUUGAAACUAUGUCUCAUCGUGUUUCAAAAUGCAUAAAGCCAGAGCUUCCUUAUUACUUUCUGUCUGGACAACAUAUCGUUUUCUCUCUUCAGGGAAAAUUUAAAGGAUUAACAACGCUACAGGUAUGGUUUUCCAAAGUCGGGAAAGGUAAUAGGAAUUAUGCAUUCGAAAAACAAAAGCCUCUAAAGGUUAUUGAAGGAAUAGUCACAUUACAAUUGGGUAUAGAUGAAUUGUAUACUUUAACAACCCUCACUACAGGUCAAAAGGGCAGUCAUCCUACUCCUCCAGAGUCACGGCCAUUUCCAUCUACCUUUGAAGAUAAUUUCGAUGUUGGCAAUCCAUAUUUUAGUGGAGCUCCACAUUUUGCAGAUCAGACAGGUGUAUUCGAAUACUUCACCAAUGACCUGGUCGAGGGGGAUCAUACUUUUACCUUUCGACAAAUGCUCAAUCAACGACCUAUCACUUGGGCUGAGGAUGCAGAUCAGACUAUCAGUAUUAUAGGAGAUUAUAACUGGAAGGAUUUAAAAAUAACUUGUGAUGUCUACAUGGAAACACCGAAUACGGGGGGUAUAUUCGUUGCUGCAAGAGUAAAUAAGGGUGGGUCAUCCAUUCGACAUGCCCAAGGAAUUUUCUUCUGGGUUUUUGCAGAUGGGUCCUUUUCAGUUACAAGUGAUCUUGCAGGUGUAUCGACAAUAGAGAGAGGAAUUUCUAACUUCACAGCUGAACAAUGGUACACUCUCACUCUGAUUGUUAGUGAGACUUCUGUUUAUGGCAUGCUAAAUGCCACAGUUCUGUGGAAAGCUCCACUGAAUUCAUUUCCGGAGAAGGGUUGGGUAGCAAUUGGAACACGUAGCUUCGAGUUUGGACAGUUUGAUAACUUUCAUAUCCAGAUUUAAAAGUUACAAAUCUUGAAACUUUCAAAUAAUGACUCCUGUCUCCACACCUAUUUUGAGUUUGGAUUUAGAGUCAUUUCCUUUGGGAUUUUUGAGACAGGAAAACAUUGAAAGAAUUUGUAUUUUUACACUUGACACUAUUGCAUAUCUUAUUGAUUUUUAAAAAUAUUUUCUAAUUUUUUUAUUUUAUAUUUCCCCUUUAAUUUCAGAGUAUCAUAUUGCUUCCAUUUCUUAGCACUUUUGCCCUUCAGAUCUCACAAAAAAUUUUUCUAAUGUUGAAGGAAUUGAGUUCUUUUAUGUGUUUUGCAAUUAGUUGUGUUGUAAUAACUAGUAAAAAGAACUUUAAACAUUCAUUUGCUAGUAUUUAAUAUACUCAUGUGCAUCACAUCUCAUGGUGAAAAAAAUGAUGUCUUAAUCAGAGUCUUUUGUUUCUUCCAGGUAGUUUUAUGCAAUGCCCAAGGGAUCCUCAAGGGCAGUUUUUUCAGUGUUUUGUGAAUUACGGUAGCAUUUUCAUCCUUACAUUGUAUAUAGACAUUUAAAAAAUGGUAAUGAAAGCAAAGGUGGGACCAUUUCUAAAAUGCCUUAUUAAUAAAUUACCUCCUAAACUUUCUUCAGUCAAUAAUAAAGA